CCUCCCGGAGCAGAUUGCAAACACAAUGACGUCCAACCCGAUGAUGACAUACGGCACGCUCUUCGGGAUGAACAUCGCUGCGGGCAAGCUCAUCAACACGGGCGCCUUCGAGGUGACCUACGCCGCCGCGCCCGGCGCCGCGCCCGAGCCGUGCUGGUCUAAGCUUGAGACAGGCCGCUUCCCCUCCCUGGAGGAGCUCAAGGCCAACGUCGCGAGCGCGGCGGCCGCGUCGCCGCGCCCGGGCCUCAGUGGCGCCGCCGACGCCGCGCCCGUGGGUGGCGACGACGAUCCGCUGCGCGACGAGCUCUAAGGGGCGCCUGCUGCCGCGCACGCGCCGCCGGCUUAGCGCCGCACCCGCCCGCUCCGGCGUCUAUGACUGUCGUCGCUCGGAAACAGGGGCCCUCUCCCUGUGAGCACGACCGAUGCCCUGCCGGGGCGGAGGGUGCGGCGCGUCGCGCGGCGCGGCCUGCGGACUUCUCAGCUGUUUCUUUGGCCGGUGAUAUUGCGCGCGUCCGUGUCUCGUGUGUUUAUGAUGAGUCCACCCAGCGCUCUGCGUCUCGCGGCGAGCUCCAGUGUGAGAGAUGUGGACUGUGGAGGCGCCCGUAAUGGUUGGGUAGUAGGGCUAGAGGGUCGCUCU